AUGGUCGCUACAAAGCCGUUAUUGAAAUCCGCCGUGUGCGCUCUCGCAGCCAAGCAUUUAGGCCACUGUCAACAUGGCAAAAGCAGUCAGUUUGGAAAAUAUUCGUACGAGGGACGCACCGCAUUUUCACGGCUUGAUGACAAAGUUGACUGGCAAUAUCAGUCUGUUAAACACUAUGGCAGUGCUAUCAAGCAUCUUAAAGUUGCUAUUAAUCGCGGAGCUUUUGAGACUGAUGAUGCUGAUAAAGAAGAGCUGUUUGCUUCCAUCACAAUCUUAUGCACGUACGAGCUUAUGGAUGCACCGGGCACAGCCUGGAGCGCUCAUCUCAGCGCACUGCCGCUGUUCAAUCCGAACCCCAGUUCCAAUUCUAUUUUGGGCUCUCCCAUCACUAUUCCGAGAGCUGCUGUCUCAGGUCCAAUAUUCUGGAGCCUCGCCAGACAAGAUUUGCUUUGUGCAUUCAUUAGUGAGACGCAGACACGGCUCGAUUUAAAAGAUAUACGCUUGUGGCAAAAUGCAGGCCUCGUUACCGAUGAAUGUGGAUCUUUGAUGCCAUUCUACAUUUCUAAUGCCGCUGAUGUCGAAGAGGAUGCACGCAGCAAUGAGCUUGUCUGGCUUCUGGGAAAGAUUGCGAAUCACAUCGCCGCCGGCGACGCAUUGAACCCAGAACAUUAUUCCCUUCCGCCGGGGCAGCGGCCGCUAGUUGGCGUGACUCAAGAGCAGCUGCUAGAGAGAUGGAACUUACUUAUUCGAGAGCUUCAAGAUUGGCGCUGUAAUCUCCCAGCGAGCUUCAUUCCGAGUGCCCGGACAUGUGGUACGGAUAUGGCGGGAACAUUCGAUAAUAGCGAAGGCCACUGUCCUCCGAACUUUGAGAAGAUAUGGUACGAGGCAUCUAUAUGUGCCGCAACAAUGCAAAGCUACCAUAUGGCUUGUAUUCUACUCUUGACAAAUCAACCCCAAGAGUCCACUGCUGUUCGAUCUUCUGUGUCUGCUCGCCUAGACUCAUAUCGGCAAAGCGAGCGCGAGGCUCUCCGCCACGCUAGAGAAAUUUGUGGUAUCAGCCUGACAAAUCCGCCAGAUUCUGUACGAGUUCAUUCUGUCCAAGCCCUCUUUGUGGCGGGUCAAGUAUUUACAGAUUCCCAAGAUCUUGAAGUCGUACUGGAGCUAUUAUCCGGUAUCGAGCGGGACCUUGGGUGGACAACAAGCCAUCAUGCUUCUAGGAUUGCAGAUUUACUAGCUAGACGUAGUAGCGAUAAUGUCCCGGUUUGGAUUUUUGAAUAA